AUGGCAUCUUUCAAUUGUUUCAUCUUGGCCUUGUUUGCGGCACUGAUGUUUUCCGGCAUCGACGUCGGCCUAGCAGCUCGCCGUCUUCAGCAAUUACCGCCCAUGCCGACAACGGGGCUGCCGCAGCCUACGAUACCGGCUUUACCGACACUGCCGAAACCCGGCUCACUACCAACACUUCCUAGCAUUCCCAAUUUGCCUACUGUCCCGAGGGUUACCCUGCCACCGUUGCCGAGCUUCCCUUCGAUUCCCACGAUUCCGACUACUAUUCCCUCAAUUCCGUUCCUCUCUCCACCGCCAUCGACAACCAGUCCUUGA